AUGGCCCCCACCACACAGAAGGCACUCGUAAUUCCCGCCGAAAAAGCCGCCUUCAAGCUCCUCACCGAUUACCCCGUCGCGACCCCUGAGGCGGAUGAAGUGCUCGUCAAAGUUGCCGUCACCGCGAUCUGCCCCGCGGAGUGGAAGAUCCAGACGUACGGCGCGCCGUUCUUAUCUGAAUACCCGUUCAUAGGCGGGCUCGACGUCGCGGGCAUCGUCGAGGAGGUGGGGGCCAGCGUCCAGAACGUCAAGAAGGGUGGUAAGAUCGUCUGCCCGGGUGGCUUCCAAACCCGCCACGCGGGCUUCAAAGAGUACACCAUCGCUCUCGCUGAGCAUAUCCCGGAGAACGUCACCUUCGCCGAAGCCGUCUCCGUCCCGCUCGGGCUCGCGACCGCCAUCACGCCCCUCUACGCCCCCGAAGGCCCCGACUCUCUCGGCCUCCCCGCGCCCUGGGAGCCCGAGGGCACGACCAAGUUCGCAGGAAAGCCCGCGCUCAUCGUCGGCGGCUCCACCUCCGUCGGGCAGUACGCCAUCCAGGUCGCGCGCAUGGCCGGCUUCGCACCCAUCCUCACCACCGCGGCCCCCAAGCACGCCGACGCCCUCCGCGCGCUCGGCGCGACGCACGUCCUCGAUCGCGCGCUCGCCCCCAGCAGCGCGGGCGGCGUCGCGCUCGCGUACGAGGCCGUGGGCGACGAGGAGUCGCAGCGGCUCGCGUACGCCGCGCUCGCCGCGCACGCGGCCGCCGGCUUCGUGUCCGUGACACCUGGGGCGCCCCCAGAGGUGCUCGCGGCGGUCGCGGAGGACGGGGACGGGAAGCGCGUCGCGCGCGCGUUCUCGAGCCUCGAGGUGCCGCAGAACCGGGCGGUGGGCAGGGAGGUGUUCGCGCGCCUCGAGGGGUGGCUGCGGGACGGGACGGUGAAGCCGAACCGGGUCGAGGUGCUGGUCGGGCUGGAGGCGAUUCCGGAGGGGGUGCGGAGGGUGAAGGAGGGGAAGGUUAGCGGGGUGAAGCUCGUUGUGAAGGUCGCGGAGGACCUUUAA